CUACUCAGUGUGCACGCGUUCGCGCUGUCUCUUGGAUACGCAAACUUUACUCGAUUUUCACAUAUUUUCAUACAUUGAAACGUUUCAUUGUAUGAAAUCUUUCACAAUAUAUUUAUUCUUGAAUUUUAAUUGUAUUAUUAACAUUAUUUUCGUUUUAUUAAUGCAUUAAAAUAAAAACAUUGUUAAGUCUGUUGUUAUUUGGAAACGAUUACAGCCGUAAAUCCUGCUGAAAGUGACAAUUGAAGUGGACAAGAAAAUUUAGUUGUGUGCCCAUUAAAAACAUUUCUGUGUGUAAGUGUAAAAGACAAAGUUGUCUGAAAGAUUUAUCGCUUGUGUUUGUCUUGGACGUCAAGGAGUUUUCCUAUAACUGGAUCAUUUUGGAUGCGGGUGAUGCGAGACUGAUUGCACCAUGAUUCGCGAUCCACCCGCCAUGCAUAAGCCCGACACCGCAGCCAAUCAGCAGGAAGAGAACAAAUAUACAUUGAGCAAUGUGUCCGGGACGACAGGGGGCGCGAGGCUGUGCGCUCAGUGCGGUAAGGUCAUCACUGAGAGGUUCCUGCUGAAGGCCAUGGAGAGGUUCUGGCACGAGGACUGCCUCAAGUGUGGCUGCUGUGAUUGCCGGCUUGGCGAGGUCGGCUCCAAGCUGUACUACAAAGCUGAUCUCAUGCUCUGCAAGAGAGAUUACCUUAGGCUAUUCGGUGCGACGGGCAAUUGUGUAGCGUGCAACAAAGUCAUUCCAGCCUUCGAGAUGGUUAUGCGAGCGAAGAGUUUUGUAUACCAUUUAGAAUGUUUCGCCUGUCAACAAUGCAAUCACAGGUUCUGCGUGGGCGACAGAUUCUACCUGUGCGACAACAAGAUACUGUGCGAGUACGACUACGAGGAGCGGCUGGUGUUCGCCAGCAUGGCCGCCAAUCCCAGCGGCCUCGCGCAUAUACGAAGACAAGUUAGUGGACUACAGUCGCCAAGCGGCGGAUACCCCGGUGCAAUGGUGGAGAAAGAAGUAGCGGGGUGCGCGGGAGCGGAUGACGCGUCAAGCGGCUACGGCAGCCCGCCUGACCCCGAGCCCGUGUGCGACGCUGCGCGAUGACCGACACUGCCGCGCCGACUGCUCGCCUCGGUAAAGCCUCACUGAUUCCUGGCGGCGAGCUGGGGCCGCGUCUGUUCAGUCUCUAGAGCGGGACACGAAAAAACAUCCGGUCAAAUUUAAAUAUUAUGUGGCGUUUUAUUUUAUCUAAGACCAACGGUUAAACAAUCCGUAUCCGGUGUGACGCUUUAUUUUUGUAUCAUAAACUUCUUAUGACGUAAUAAAAAUCAUUCGAUGGCAGCUUAUUAAGAAUGUAUAAAGUGCAAUUUAAUUAGAAACGUUCAUAAGCGGCGAUGUGGCCCCUCGUAAGUGGUUAAGUGCAGAAUUAAGUACAUCGAAGAGUCUCGACGGACAUAUUUUAAAAGCAUCGGCAGCGUACAUUAGGCUAGGAGGCGGGCCGUGUAUAUGUGGCCACUUUACAAAAUGUCCGGGAUGAGACGAUAACGUUGUCAGAACACGAUAUUUCCAUUAUGUAUACGAUUUGAGACUACAUGUUAAGAUAGCGCCGGUGCGUUGCAGCGCGUGGGCAGGGCAGGCCGCGAUCUGCCAGCCUCUUUACUUAGGCACUCCUCGUAUUUACAAUAGAUUAAAUAAUAUACCUUGUAUCACUUUUAGUACGAGCAUCUCACAACUCACUUGCUAUAUAUUGUACCUACAACAUUGAUACAACGAUUCAGGUCCACACUAAAAUAGUUAAUUGAUUAAAUCGAUCUCAUUGUUAUGAAAUUGUAUGUAUGUAUGUAUGUACAUUUAGUGAAUGUAAUAUUGUUAUCAUACAAGGUAUGAAAUUUUAUUGAGAAUAAUUUUUUUAAUGGUUCUUUUAUUUCUUUAUUUUAAUCGGUUACGUAGGUAUAUCGCUGUUAUUUUUUUACCAAAGAUAACUUCCCCGUUAUUUGUAUAACUUUAGUCUAAACAGAUGACUUACGAAUAUAGUAUAGUGAUAAGUUUUGUGCACUUAAGACGCAAAUCGGAAGUGCCACUCUAUAAAUAUAGUUAUAUGAUGUUAAAACGUUCUGUAAAAUUAUAAUUUUUGCCAUAGCUUUGGUGAAUAUUUUUGGCGCCUCCACAAAUCAUUGACACUUUUUCCGCUAUCUUGUUUCUUUAUAAAAAAAAUUGUUGAAAAUCUUUUAGAAAUUGUGCUUAAAUUUUCUAAGGUUAAUAAACGUAAUGUAACAUAUAGAUUUUUACGAUAAAAUUGUAUUUAUGUAUAAUAAAGUUUCCGAAGAGUCGUUAUAGCAAUAUUAGAUGGAUAAUAUUCCAUCUUACACACAUUACGCUAUAAAGACAACAAUAAAAUUGAACUAUCUUAAACAUCGAUGGAAAUAUUUUCAGUUUUAUGUUA